AUGCCCGCCGUUGAAAAAUACGUCAUCUAUGACUGGAAGCGUCUUUGGCAAAUGGUGUCUGGUAUACACUAUGAGACGCCCAACGAUACAGUGCGCGAGGAGCUGAUGCAAGUAUGCUCUGAGCUGCAAGCAGGCGUAUUGCAGUUUAAGCCAAAGAGCGCCUCCAACGUACAGCUAAGUGUGCUGCUUAAGGAGAAAAAACAGGAAAAGCUGCUACCAUUUACAGAACGUUUGCAGGAGCUGCUUAAUCUAGAGUCCGCACAAUGCUGGGAGAUCUUAUGCUACUACCUAACCAAGGAGUACCGCGGUUCAGCAAGUCUACUCACGCAACUCAUUUCGACAGAGACUAAUAUGUCUAAUCUAUUCGAGGAUAUCAGACAUUACUACUCGUUGGAGCGCAUGAUUGUGCUAAAGAUUGUCAAGAACUUGUUGAUAUUCUAUAAUGUACCCAAUCAUCCAUAUCACAACGAAUACAGAGCUGUCGUGGAGAAGCUAACGCUGCAGCGUCUACUCGAGUCUUACCUGGAUCAGCUAGACAGUUUAAUAAACGAAUUGCCGCCACGCAAGCUGCUAGCAGGGGAGUGCUUUCACUCCGAGGACAAGUUAAUCAGCUGGUCAGAGCGCAAUGCACGCGAAACUAACGAAGUGCUGCACAUACUGCUGCUGCUAAGCGAACAUUUGCCGCUCAACAUUAGCCAAAUCAAGCGCCUGUUCGGCACUAUAAAGCAACACUCAUUUGGCCGCAUACAAAACUAUCUCAGCGAGACGCAUGUUUAUCAUCAGGAGCUAACCAAAAGCCUGAUCUAUUCGGAGUUAAUGCUGCUAUUAAAGUGUUUUGACUUUGAGCAACCCGCUGACCAUGAUAAGCUCAUAGAACAACUAUUGGAGGCGCUGCAUGUUGAGGUGACCAGCCUGCAUCAUCGUCCAGAGCAUGGACCACUGUUGCUUUGUUGGACACUGCUACGUUUGCGUGCCACUAACGAUGCUGAAGAUGCGACAAGUCUGUUGCGCUGUCGCCAGCUGGGCAAACGCGCUGUAGAGCUCAAGUGCUUUAACAUCUGGCAAUCGAUCGUAACGCAUCCCAUGUUUUCCGACGACAGUUUACUGUCGCGCAUUGUGCGCAAGACAAUCUACAAUCAGCUAAACUACAUGUGCGACUUGUUUGAUGGCGAUGGCAGCUGUGCACGUUAUGAGGGCAUCUAUGAACUGCUUUGUGAGCUUUUAUCCUGGCCACAGCUAGCCAAAGAAUUUUUCAAAUGCGAGGAUGUUGGCGUGCGUUCGCUUUAUAAUACGCUGCUGGAGAACUUUCCGCUGCAGUUUACACACUUGGCCAAGCUGGCGCAGGCGCUGACCAAAGCGGGUUUAGGCGGCAAUAUAAAAAAUCAACUGGAAUCGCUGCCUAUGCUUGCUUUACUUUACGACGAACGGGAGCACAAACUCAACGAAGUGGGACCAGAUGAAUAUGAGCUUACAACCAGCGUGCGUCCUUUUCCACGCAUUGACUACACUCUGCCUGCGGGCACCAGCUGCAGUGCAGUGCAACAUCCCUCUGGCUUUUAUAUGCACUUUCGCUGCAGUGUGAACUUUUUCAAUGCGCUGCAUCACGAGAUUAACUGCUUGCUGCGCGACAAGGCGCAGCUGCAUGGCGACUUUGACUCCAACGAGCGCAUACAACGCGUGGAGGCUGGGCUCAAGUACUUGGAGCUGGCAGUGCAGCGCACCAAAUCCAUAUCUGGCAUUAGCACAGAGAUGGUGCAUCCCACGGAAAUGUCCAUUGAUUUGUUGAGCAAAUUUAAAAGUGUGCAGUAUCCGCCUGUGGGCUUGCUGUCCAAUUGCUUAAAUGUGUGCACUGCGCUGCUGCCGCUAGUGGAUGAGGAGAUCUUUGCGCGCAUAACCAAUCUGGAUAUACUGCCUACUAUAAGCAACGAAUCGCUGGCGGACUAUAAGCUCUAUGCCAUCGCCAUUGGCUUCGAGUCGCGCUUUCUGGGCUCUGUCAUAGACAAUGUGGAAAAGAAACUGGAACGCUAUGACUUUCUGCUGGCCUAUCUCAACUUUCUGCGCACCUAUGCCAAACUGAAGAAACAACGUUACAUGCAAGUGGAAAUACCAGGCCUAAUCUUUCUGCUGCGCGAAGUGUUUCCACAUUUGCACACCUGGCACUUCAAGUCGCAGCAGGAGAAGAACAAGAUUUACUUUGAAGUGCUGAGUUUUAUAUGCGAUUUACUCAACAUCAUAGGCAGCAAUGAAGGCGAUAAGAAGUCGACGCAGCAUCAGCUGCUGCUUAAUGUGUGCAUCUACUCCUUGCUGAAUCUGGAUAAUGGUUUGGUUUUAUUGAGAUUUGUGGGUGUGGGCAAUGCCAUAGUACAGUACAAUAUGGAGUUGGAGUCCAAUUGGAUGCAGCAGCAGCCACAAGGCUUAAUGGUUCUGGUGCGUCUUUCCAUGCGCAUAUUGAUGCAGGUGCUUAGCCUAAAGAGUUCGGUGUAUGGCAGUGAUAAUCUGUCGCCACUGGAGGCGCUCAUCUAUACACAACCCAAGCAACGUGAUACGCUGCGCAUUAUUCCCACCGUUUGCAGCUAUAUGAGCAAUAUAUUUGAUCGCUGGCUGCCCAUUGUGAGCUGUCGUUUGUUGAAGCGCAUAGCGCUGGAGUUUAACAUGUCGCUGCUGGCGUGUCUGGACAUGGAGCCAGGACAAAUACGACUGACGUUUAUGCAAAAGCUGCCCGAUGAGCUGGAAAGCGAUUCGGUGAAAAUUGCCAUACUGGAGCUGGUGGAUGCGUGCAUAGCCAAGCAGCCUGGCGUCACGGAAGCUUUCUUCAAGGUGAACUAUGCGCGCGAUAAACGCAGCUACUUCGGCAAGGAGUGCACGCCCAGCAUAGGCGACAGCAUAGUGACAUAUAUGAAGGAAUUUCUCACAGCACUCGAGGCGCAGCCGCUGACGAUUGAACAAACAUUGCCCAGCAAAAUAAUGAACAUAUUUCAUUCGCUUUGGAAGCAUAAUCUGCAAAUGCUGGUGGACGAGCUGCUCAAGGAGCCGCAGUUCUGGCGCAAACUCUGCAGUCCGCUGUUUCUGCAGUCCAGCCAUAAGCCGCAGCUGCGCGUCUAUACGCAGUUGAUCAACAUUAUGUCUAUAGAGAUUUAUAGCAAUAGUCAAAGCGCAGAGCUGCGUGAGGUGCUCAAAAAGUUCUUCAAGCGUGAAUACUUUGAGCCUUGGCUUAACAACGUGUUCGAUUUGCCCAAGGUGCCAGCAGAACAGGCACGCAGCGAUGAGCAACCAGAUUGGAUUUGCUGUCUGCAGUCCUUUAAGGAUAUGACCAUUAUUUUGUUGAAGAAGCAGCCCAAGUUUAUAACCAUACCCGAUGCAGAGUUCAAGCUGCUGGCGCAAAAAUGCUUUACAGUGCUGGUGGAGCGCUCGCAUUACCUGGAGGACAUGCGUCCCUUCAUCAUGCUAGCCGAGCUGUAUAUAUUUAUUCUACAGCAGUUUAAGCAUGCGUAUACCAGUAGCGGCGACGAGGAGCAGCAGCUUAUGGAGCAGCUGUUGCAGCUCAUGGGUCGCAUUUGUGCCUGCUACGAGGAUUUGCAUGUGCGCGCCAAGGAAGCUUGCCUGGCCAUCAUUACCAAAUGCGCACAUCUCUAUUCGAAUUUGUUAAUCAGAGAAUCCGCUUUGGCGCUGCGUUUUCUCAACUGUGUUGUCAGCAUUAUAUGCACAGAGCUGCAGCAUAUGGAAAAAUCGGUUAAUCUGGAACAACAGUCGGCGCUGCAGUCAGCUGACGUUGAAGCUAGCAAAAUGUCUACCAACUCCUUAAUACUAUGCCUCAAUCUGCUCAAGGCUGUGGCUACUACUUUUCAUCAGGAAGGACCCGGCAACUGGGACUUGCCCUUUGUAUCCGUACGUUUGUUUCAGCGUCUGCUGCGUUGUGUUUCCUACACUUUGCCACUGCAUUCCAAGCAAGUGCUGAGCGUGCAGCUCCUGGACGUGCUCAUAGUAUUUGCCAAGAGCAAUUGCUCUGUGGAAUUUCUGCAUUGCGAUGUGGGUGAGCAUCUGUGGUUGAAGCUGCUGCCGCCGCGUGAAUUUCUGCAGUCAAAAUAUGAGUUUAAUAAACAAAAUACGGCGGUCUGGAGCAUAGAGCAGUGGUGGCCCAUUUAUGCGCGCGGCAUUGAGCUGGUCAGCAUUAUUUAUGACAAGCAUAGGAAAUGUUUUCUGGAGGAAACGCUGCAAUUCGUGGGCAUACAUGAAGUGUAUCUGGUGGACUCGCUGCUGCUGGGCAAGCAAUCGCUGGAGCCAGCAGCCAUGCAGCUGAUUAAAGCUACCAUACAACUGGUAGCUAGUCUGGCGGAGCAGCAUAAGGACUGGGCACAGGAACACAGCUCCUCUUUGUUUAACAUUAUGCAUGCUGUGCAAAGUCUGAUGUGCCAUGCCACCUCCAUGUUCCAUCAGCAGCGCAACUUAAAGUGUUUGCUGGCUGGCAGACGCUCGCAACUGGAAAUACUACGCAGCACUGAAACUAUUGCCAUCGAUGAUGAUAUUAUAAACGCCUGCAAUGACUUAAGCGAAAUUAUUAUCUACUGCGUGAAGGCGCUGCAGCAGUUUAGUCCGGAUCUGGUGGAUCUGCUUUGCAGCAGCUACUACGAGCCACACAAAUGGCAGCCCAUACUGGAUGUGAAGUUUGGCGCGCCCAAGCUGAAUGAAAGCAAUCUAACGCUAACCUUUGGCAUGGUUUCCAACAUGGUUAACAUAUAUGUCAAGGCGCUAAAUAUGCAAAAUCAUGGCUUCCAUGAAGCGCCGUUGAAUGCGCUCGCGCAUGUAGAACAAGGCGACAUUACGGACGCGGCGUCCAGCAGCAAUCUAACAGCGGAUAACAGUAGCAAUGCCACACAGCAGCCGCGCAACUUUAGCAAAUCCAUGUCCACCAAUUCCAUAUCAUCUGCAGCUUGUCCUUCGAAUGAGCUGUUGGCCAAUCUAGACGGUCAGCUCUGUCUGGUGGCGCUGGAGCAUUUGCUUAUGCUUAUAGCCUCGCAGAGCAUUUAUGUUGUGCGCUCGCCUGAUUUGGAAACCUGCUGGAAGCAAAUAGUGCGACGUGACAUAAGCAGCGAGCUGCUGAGCUUCAAUGAGUUUGUGCGUCGCAAGGUUAUCGUGGACUAUCGCGAUUCGCGUUGCCAGUGGGUGCGACGCAAGCAUGGACUGCUCAAGCUGAAGCAAGGACAAUCAGCGCACUUACUGCCACCAACGCCCAGUCAACAUGUGCGACGAUCCAGCAGCGCUGCCAAUGAGCUGCGUGUGAAUGUGGUGCGUCGUUUGCAUUUACAGCAGCAUGCCACGCCCACAGCGCCCAACAGCUUGGAAAUGACACGCGUGUUUAGUCCCAUAGGCGCCACAGCAGGCGCCAGCGAAGUGGUUGCCUCCACACCUGCCACAGACAGUCGAAAGCGUUUGUAUGCCGCCGAGGCAAGUGAAGAACGACAUCCGGAGGAUGAUCCCGCGGCCAUAGAGGUGCAGUAUUUUGCAGCUAGCACAGAGCCGGAAUACUGCGAGCUAUCGCAGGUGCAGCUGGUGGAGGAGGAUUACCUGCAGCUGAUGUCGGCGCUGUUCAGUGUGCUGCCCCAGCACGAGUAGGUCGGCCAUUAAUUAUUAUUAGCGCACAAUUUGUUAUGCCUUGAGCAAAAACUAUUGAAUAAAG